UGUUACCGGGGUCGCGGUGCCAGUUGGAUUAUUAGCCGCAGCCAUGUCAAAAUAUCCAAGUCACCCGUUGGCAAGCGACGUUUUUCUUGUCUCUCCUUCAAGACUAUACCACUGCGUAUAUACCCUCCAACACGAACGCUGUACUCUGCUACAGCAGUCGCUCUCUUGUGUACUACGAUCCUUUUAUUUCGGUGUCUACGCACCCACUCCCGUCCAGUAGUCAUGUGGUUCUCCCCCCUUUGCGGUUUAUUGUUCCUCGUGGCUUCUCUCGCAGCCACAGCCAACGGACACGCACCGUAUUGGAGCAGGCGUCAUCAGGAAGUUGCUAAGCGUGCUCGUGCUGAUGUCGAUCUCCACAAACGGCAGACAUUCACGAAUGCUCGUUUUACUUUCUAUGAUGUCGGCCUGGGUGCUUGUGGUCAAACUAAUGUGCCCACUGAUUUCAUCGUGGCACUCAAUGUCGAACAAUACGGCAGCGGUUAUCCCGGUCCUUACUGUUUCCAGUCUAUCACUAUCUCUUACGGCGGGAAAACUACACAGGCAACUAUUAUGGACGAGUGUAUGGGUUGCCCAUGGGGCGGUCUAGAUUUCUCCACUGGCUUGUUUGACUUCUUUGCCGCCGAGUCUGAGGGCGUGCUGUAUGGUACCUGGUGGUUCAAUGAUGGCAGCAGCAGCGGUGGUGGCGACACCACCACAUCCUCUACCCCGCAGUGGACUCCUACUACCACUGCGCCAGAGUGGACUCCCACGACUUCUUCUACCCCUCAGUGGACCCCGACAACUACAGACAUGCCCACUACUACGUGGUCUCCCACUCCAUCCACAACUACUUCAAGUACUCCUCCGCCGACCACGACGUCGUCUACGUCAGCGAUUCCUACAACUACGGACGCAACGUCGACUACCCCAACGUCGGUGAAUACCGUGGCUAGCGGGCUGGCCAUUCCGACCUCAGCAACCCCAGCACCCGGCGCCUCAAGCGUCUUAAACGCACUGAAUAAUGUGCUCGUUGACUUCGGUGUGCUGCUUUUUGCUUCCAAGGAUUCCUCGUAAAUAAAUGACAUAACGCACUGUUGUUCCUUUUUGUUGCACUGUGCGGUAUCGAUUGCGUCUUCUAACUUUAAUCUAUCCUUGGCUCAAAUGACGUUGUAGGACGUUCCUCUAACUCUUAAGUUUAUUUGCCUUUCGAUCUACUACUGUAGACAACUGUCGCUGCUGUUUCGUAAACGACUCUUGUCAUAUACCCCUAUUAGCUGACCAAUUUACUACCAACCCGGAGAUUGAAAACGUUUU